UCAUUGUAUAAAUUAAAUCGAAGGAUCACGAUGCUUUCUGGUGUGCAAUCUGUCUCGUAUGAUUGCUGCAUCAACAGUUGUUGUGCUUUCAUUGGGGACGAUCUUUCCAAUGCCGAUGUAUGUCCCUUCUGUCAAGAACCACGAUUUGAUGCCCACAAAUGCACUCGAAACAUCUUCGAUUACAUCCCACUCACACCUCGCUUCCAGUCCAUGUUCUCAAACCCCUCCCUUGUCAAAAAGAUGUCAUAUCGUUCCACCUUCCGAUUUGAUGAAAGCAUCUUUGAGGAUGUUUUCAGUGGCUCGCACUACCAGACUCUCACUUCUGAGAACGUUAUCAUCGAUGGCAUCAAAUAUGCCCACACCUUCUUUAGCAACCCAGAGGACGUCGCUCUUGGAAUCCUUACAGAUGGAUUUCAGGUUUUU